AUGGCAUUUGAAUCUUUCGGGCUUGAAAAUAUAAAAAUUCAUGUUCCUGAAGGAGGAUUUUUUGGCCAGUUGAACAAACUUCUGGGCAUUGGUUGCUCAUCAGAGCAGUCAUCAUGUGAGCAUGAUAAGGUCACAACUGAAGUUUCAUUGAUCAGCAAACAAGCAUCCAACAAUGGGACUCAAGUUGAUAAAUCCACCAAAGCUCGCAAAUUAGUAUCUCCUGUGAGAAAUGUUAACGAUGAUAUAAGUGCUCAACGAGCAUUGGAAGAAGACCACCCGAUCUUUAAAGAACGGGGCAUAUUGAAGAUGAAAAGAACCAAGAAAACUUAUUUUCCUUCGCUAAUUGAAUGA